AUGAAUUUUAAAUUGCCUUGAAUGAGUCUCUCCCACUGCUCUGCUAAAAACACAGCCAGCACUCUCGCCCAGAGAGAGAGAGGAGGAAGAGAGAAAGAGAGAAAGAGAGAGGGAGGAACAGGCUGCAUACAGAAAGAGGUCGAGAAAGAGUUGGAGUGGACAGCACCGGAUGAGAGGAGGAGGAGGAACAGGAGGGACGAGAAAAAGAAGGGGCGGACCAAGGCGGUGGGAGGGGAGGAGGCAUCAGAAAAGUAGAUGAGAAGGAGAAGAAAGGAGGAAAGUAAAGGAGUCCGGAGAAGGGAGCACAAGUAGAGGGAAAAAAAGAAAGGAAAGGACAGCUCAGCAAAUGAUCCCUAUAGCAUUCCUCCCACUGCUGCAGUGAUCCAAGGACUGGGUGGAGAAGGGAAGCUCAGCGGGAAGAAAAUAAAUUGUGGUUUCCUUUUUUUUCCCCUUUUUUUUUUGCGUGAAGAGAAGAAAUCAGAAGAGGAGAGGGGGAGAGAAGAGAGUGCGGCAGAAGAGGAAUCCGAAAUUCUGCAAUCUCCUUGCGUCCUGCAGCAGAACAUGGACUCUGACUCUGGAGAUCAGAGUGAUGGGGACUUCUUGCCAGGACACGAGAGCUUCAACUCGCGCUCCUUGGCUCUGCAGGCCCAGAAGAAGAUCCUGAGCAAGAUGGCCACCAUGGUGGUGGCCAACAUGCUGACGGACGACACCAGCAGCGAAAUCCUAGACGAGCUCUACAAGACUAGUCGCGAGUUCACCAAGAGCAAGAAGGAGGCCCACAAGAUCAUCAAGGACGUCAUCAAGAUCGCCCUGAAAAUCGGCAUCCUGUACCGCAACCACCAGUUCAGCCCCGACGAGCUGGACACGGUGGAGCGUUUCAAGAAGAAGAUGAACCAGGCGGCCAUGACGGCGGUGUCCUUCUACGAGGUGGAGUACACCUUUGACCGGAAUAUUCUGUCCGAGCUCCUGCUGGAGUGCCGGGACCUGCUUCACACGCUGGUCGAGCAGCACCUAACGGCUCGCUCUCACGCUCGCAUCGACCACGUUUUCAACCAUUUCGCCCAUGGCGAGUUCCUGGCCGAGCUCUACGGGGACGGAGAUGAGUACAGACUGUCUCUGAGGAAGAUCUGCAACGGCAUCAACAAACUUCUGGCCGAGGGGACACUUUAACCUUUUACCUGUCUCAGACCAUCUCACCGCCUGACCACUUCCUGCUCACCCUCCCACUGCUUGCAUCACUUCCUCCUUUCUUUUUGUCAACUUCCUGUUUCCUGUAUCCUUUUCCAUGGACCCAGUUGUAACAUCCUGCAGAUGCGGCUCACUGUUGUGUCAUUGCGACUGUAUUUCUCCAUGCCUACACUUGGACAAUGUGCGUCAUGUAUGUGUUCACGGGAAGCUGUUUGAUGAUUUACAGUGGGCUAAAAAAAUCCACAUAUAAUUCACGCGCAUUAAAAUGCAAUGAGAAGUAAAAAUGAAACCUACCAUAAUCAAUCAACAUGUGUUUUCAAAUAAAAUUGAUUGGUUGGUGUGUGUGUGUGUGGGGGGGGGGGGGG